UAACAAUUGAUAGUAAUUGUGCUAGUCAGAGUUGAGAGUAUACCUAGUCGAAGCAAAUCAAGAAAAAUGAUCCUAGAAGAUUAUAAAGAAAUUGUGGGAUUUUGUGCCAUGUUUACUACGAUGGCACAAAUGUUAUCGGGAACACUAAUAUGUCGCAACAUAUAUAAGAAAGGUUCAGCCAGAGGAGUUGAUCCAAUGCCCUUUCUUGGUGGCAUAGCAAUAUGCAUAUUGAUGCUUCGACACGCUUGGAUGUUAGGUGAUUCUAACAUGAUAAAUGCUAAUAUAUUUGGUUUAUUGACAAGCACGAUUUAUAUGAUAAUAUAUUACCGUUAUGCACCAAAUACGAAUGAAGUGCUUAAAUUAACAUAUAAAGUAACAAUCUUUGUUGUAAUUUUUCUUGUCUAUGCACAAAUAGAAGAUCCAACAAAGGUUGAAUACAGAUUUGGCAUUGUGAUUACAGUACUUCUCUUACUUUUAAUUGCAGCUCCUCUUGUACAUCUUAAAAAGGUUAUACAAACAAAAAACACAGAAAUCCUUCCAUUUCCACUUAUCUUUAUGGGUACACUAGUUUCAUUUCAGUGGUUAUUGUAUGGUAUUAUCAUUGAUAAUGUUUUUGUUAUUUUUCAGAAUGCAGUUGGUUUGACUCUUAGUGUAGCUCAACUGUCUCUAUUCGUGAUAUUUCCAUCCAAAAUGUCACAAGUUGAAUUAUUGAAUGAACAGAGUAAAGAAGAUUGAUUUUUUAAACUUAAAAAUAAAUUUUUUUAUUUAAAAUUAUUCUUUAUACAGGGUGGUUAAAUACUCUAGUAGUUAAGUACUCUAAAACAUUUUAAGGGGUGAUUUCUCACACAAGUGCGUCACGCGUCGCGUCAUCCAUCGCAACCAAUCAAAACAUCUUAUUUUAUUACAUUAUUUGUGACGGGAUGUUUAGAUUGGUUAACAACAGACGACGCGACGCGUGACGCGCUCAGUGGAAAAACUUCAUAUAACCAUAUGUCCGAAAUGGCUUAGGGC